AGGGGCAAAAAAUACACAACUGCGUGUAAAAUAUACAUACAAUAAACCAAAGGACCAAUAGCCGCUAUUGGUGUAACGGGUUCCUUACCUGUUGUCCAGUCUUUUUUCCCACUUCGACUAAAACAGAUGCAAAUAACGCUUUAGUGUUUGGGCUCUAGAAAAUCAAUAACUGAAUAGCUUAAUACAAGAAUGGUUCACUACUCGAUUACUAUUAUCGUCGUUGCUGUACUGUUUUUAAUAAGUACCCAGAAUUCAGCUUCUCAACAACCAGAUUUUCGUAUCCUAGCGCCUAAAUUCAUAUGCGCUCGUUCAGAAACACAAAGUAAUCACACUGGACCGGAUGAUAAAAAACACCGACAAAUAACAAUUAAUCUCCAGACGAAGGGUGGCCAGCGACUACACUACCGAGUGACCGUGCUGUUUACUCUGCUAGAUGGGUUCAUCAGUCAACGGCACACGAUACAGCUCUGGCGAAGUGUUCGACAACUGGAACAACGGCUGCGGAAACAACGGGAACAGAUCGCGGACAACAAUCAGAUCAUCAUCCCACAUGAUGACCUAGUUGCUGGGGUGAUCUAUACGUUCAACAUCGUCGGCAUAGACGACGCUGGAACGAUGAGUGAUGGUCAGAACUUUACGAUAACGUACCGUGGGAAGAAUGCCCGCACUUCUGUCGAUCAGGUUGGUUCAUCGUCCAGCAAUGAUGUGUCGUUAUUAUUGCUUGGUGCAGAGGUCAGCUAUUCGGAUGUGCCUUAUUUGCUGACUGCGAAACUGAUUUUUUGUAAACCUAGGAACGAUUACAAGGUGAAAUGGAUGGCGCCUGGAGUUACAGACGCUACCGGAAGCCUUACUACCCAAUCAAAUAUGCUUGCGAUUCCUGCCGGAGUUUUGGUUCCUGGUACAAGCUACGAGCUAACUGUAACGGUGAUUGACUCGGGAAAUGGGGAAGCUAUUGCUGGAGCCAAAAUGAAGUUAUCCAUUCUGAAACGUGUCACGAAAGGAAUUUUAUAUCCCGUAGAGGCAAUUACCGGAUUUGCUCAGUCUACGGAAAUUAAAGCUGCAUUCAACCGGGCUUUGGAUUCUAAUGUUACAUGGAGCUGUGAAGAUAGCAAUGGAGAUCUAAGUUGCUCGCAGGAUUUGAUUGUGUCGGCCAGUGCAGUUUCUGUUUUAUUCAUCAAGGAAUCGAGAUAUACAAUAACCAUUUCGACCGAAGAUUUCCAAACAUCUUCAACCAUUGAAGUGAAUCCUAAAUCUACCAUCACCGUAUCACUCCAGAAACUGCCUCCCAUGUAUCUGGUUCCAGGUCAGCACUACGAAAUCAUAGCCGACGUUAGUGGUCUGGUUCCAAAAUGCACCUGCAACUGGACAGUAGUGAACGAGAAAGGGUAUUCUCACUUCGAUUCUGCUAGCGUUGACACUCUGGGAGGAAUCUUCAUUAACGACAUCGAGGAAAAUUUCCUCUCCGAACUGGUAGACUACGGGAAUGAUACGGUGGAGCGGGAAGUCAAACUAAUAAUACCGGCAAUGCUGAGCUCAGCUAACCGAACCUUAUUGGAAUCAAAUGUCCUAUACAAAUUCAGACUAAUCACCAAGUGCCCGGAACCGAUCGACGACAGCACCAACUAUACCGACACAAAUCGGGGCACAGUUAGUAGCUACUGGGAUAUGAUAGUGGAAACAAAUGCACCACCGGAGGGCCAACCUUUGGAAAUAAAACCGAUAGAUAAUGGAACUGCUAUGAGUACUACUUUCACGUGGUCUGUAGGAACCGCUAUGGACUUGGAGAUAGAUUACCCCCUUAAGUAUUCCUAUUGGUAUACGGUAGAAGGAUUCUCUAUAAACAUCGCCAAUUACUACGACGUUAUGUCAACGGAAACUCAGUUACCCUACUCGACUGAAAAAAUCCUCCCGUAUUACGUAGUUUGUGACUCCCGAGAAGCAUGUUCCCGAGUUAACGGCCCUAUGAUCACUGUUGUUUCGAAUCCUUUUUUGAGUGAAACACAAAUACAGUUUCUGUUAGAUGCAAUUCGACAAAAAUUCAAGCGAGGAAAUUAUCAGGAAACAACGAAAAUUGCAUUUGAAACAUUGUUCACACUCCGGAAUCAAGCAUCAGAUAAUUAUAACAAAACGUACUCUGAUAUGAUGAUCAUCCUCGAGGAUCAAAUUUCAGCGAUUCAAACGGCUUUUCUUGAACGUUCAUCCUACAUAACUGAGACUAGCGUGCUACAAUUCGCGCAACAGGUGAAAACUCUGAUCGAUUUCAAACAAGGUAGCAACGAUCAUCUUCUCGGUCAGCUGCUAGAAUUGGUCAACUGCGUGGAGCAAGGUACCACCCGCCAAACCCGUUCAGCCGACCCCAAACCGAUCACAAAUAUGGUGGACACCACCAGCACCAAGAUCGAACUAUAUGAAAGCCUGCUUAAAUCACCGAAUAGAACUUCGGAAUCCAAAAGAACGGUAAAGGCUCAGAUCCUGAGCUACAUACCGGAAGCAGCACAGCGUUACUGCACCAACCAGCAAGCCGGCUACUCAGACGAUUGGUUCUCACUGGAAACCACGAGGUUGAAGCCCACCAGCAAAUAUCCUCUGCGAGCGUCCAUCCGAAUUCCAGGUGAUACAACAUUUCCUCAACGAGCAGUUCUAAGUGGUUCUGGUGGGCCAAAGAUCGAAACGUUAGCGGAUACGGCAUCAUAUCUAUGUUUAGGUACGGUACUGUAUCAUGAAGAUCUUCUAUCGCUGGAGGCUCCUAGCGUCGAACACGGUAUCUAUCAGGUAUUCAUGAUGGUGGUAGAUAAGUACGAGCUAGGAGUGCUUGCAGAAUGGAAAGAAGGAUCAUAUCUUUGGAAUAUAACUAUUGCUAGUGAUGGCCAUUCGCAACGUUAUCGGUGUCAGCUUUGGACCGAUGAAAACACGUGGGCUGAAAAAUUCUGCUCGAGUUUUGUUAGUGGCAAUUAUCUUUUCUGUAACUGCACCCAGAUGAAUUAUUUAAGAAUAAUUUCAACAAACACGACCGAAAUCACAGAUGUCACUACACUCUCCGCGAUCCCAACUACUUCAGAUGUAACGAACCAACAAUCUACAGAAACGUCUCCCGCGACGAUAUUUCCAGAGACUACAACUGAUACCGACAUGAUGACAUUUGCUCCUCUACACUCAUCUUCAACUGUGACGAAAAGUAUUCCGACAUCUAUUCCCACUAAAUCUUCAACUAGUACUACCAAAUCACCACCAACUCUCGCAGCGAUCAGUGGUCACGUCGCAAACACCUCCCUAGACGAAACCAGUCAACUGAAAGCGAACGGAACUCGUCGUCAUGUGGUUGGAGCGGUUGGUCCUCUCGGAUAUUCGAUUGUUGCGGCCCUAGUCUUGUGCGGAAUAUUGACGAUGUUGGCUCUGGUGCUCUACAAACGUCGUCGUCGGACAACCACACUAGCCGAGGAACUGCAGAGCAUCGCCGCCAGGGUACGAAGUCAGUCUCUACCAGUGCGGUAUGCGCGCUUUCAUGAUGAGCACAACAUGAUUGGUGAAAACGUGUCCACCAUAUCCGAUACGAUCACCGUUUAAAUGUGAGUAUAACAUUCACGAUCGGUGGUAAAUAAGAUGAUAUAGUGAGCAAGGAUGAAACACCGAACGCAAUUGGCACGAUAUUUCGCUCAUAGAUAUUUGUAUUGAUUCUCAAAACGCGGUAUGUUAAUUUGUUCUCUUUUGAGCCUCGGCAAAUACCUCACAGAUAACCUAAUAAAUGGAAUUUUAAGCUUGUAGUCGUUG